AUGGGAUUGAGAGGGUGUUCCCGCUAUAAGAGGGCACCGCUACCCAGCGCUGAGCGCAUCAUUUACGCAUCACCAGACCAAGCUGUAGAGGUACAUGGAAUUCUAUCUCUCUUCAUCAAUCAAGAAUUCACUGCACACAGACUGACUUGCCAUAAAGAAAUGGAUUUUACUGCACUUUUUGGAGACCAAGAUCAAUGUAAAGGUAGGCUAUGUAAAUAAUUUUCAAAUGUUCCGGUUGUAGGCCUAUGUUACAAUUGUGACAGUUAUAUUUUAGAGCACAAAGAAACAAACAAAAACAUAAAGUUAUAAUAUAUAGAAAGAUAUCCAUUGAUUUAAACAGAAAUGCAGAUGAAAACGAAACGAAAACAUACGGUACACUUCGUUUAAUAAUUCCUCAAUUGUCUUUAAUAAAUUUCUAACGCUAUACCGGUAUUUUAGGCUACUUAAAUAAUAAUCUAUGAAUCAUAGAUUAGCCAAAUUUUAAUUUCUCAAAAUUGUUGUUUUUGUUGUUGUUUAGACGUGAGGAAUGACAAUGGACGUUCAUCACCCGAACCUGAGAGAAGCGGGUUUACAGAGGGCCAAAGGAAACGCAAAAGAACCAUCUUCAGCCGCGCGCAAUUGUCUGAGUUAGAACAAGCUUUCGCUCUGACGCCGUACCCAGACAUCACUCUCCGUGAACGCUUGGCCGCACAUACGCAUCUACCUGAAAGCAAGAUACAGGUUUGUGAAGUGAUAAUAACUAAAAGUUAGUUAUUUACACUUUCUGUAUAUAUAUAUAUAUAUAUAUAUAUAUUUUGCAUUUAGGCUACAACAACAUAUUUACCUGACUCUACUCAUUUUUCACAGGUGUGGUUCCAAAACAGACGGGCAAGAAGUAUCAAGAGUGGAAGACUCACCAAAUCAACUAAGACUACUUUUGGAAGAGGUGCAACAUGCCAACCUCGCCCAAUGGUCCCCUCCCCUGGUCCCUCCUUCACCCCAACCACAAUGGGGGAGAUGUUCCGACCAGACCAGAUUCAGUGUGAUGAUGGUCAGCAGUUCUACUCUGACUGGAUCCGUCUCUACAGCAACCCUGUGUCUCAUCAGCCUACACCGGUCUCCCCAAACCUGGCAGAAUCCCUACUGUGGGAGGAAGACCGCCGAUCUCACCUGGGAUCUCUUGCUACUACCACUGCACCCAUUGGAAGGCAAGCACACUCCUCACGGCCAUUCCGGGAUGGGUUCAACCAGCCCUGUGUGGGGACCUCAGGGUAUAGGAACUUUAAUCCACAGACUCUAGCUGAGUCACAGGCCAGAUAUGGUCAUCAAACCUCAGUGGACCAGGUUGUCCCUUCCCAUCCACAGCAGAUGUACUGGGAUGUGACUCAAGGACAGGGUCAUCAUACUCAGGUGGGCCCCCAGACCUCAAUCGGAUACAUUUCGGACCUGAUCUAUAAUGCUGCUAUUGUCACCAACUUCCUGGAGUUCUAA